CAGCAGAUGUAGAGGAGGCAGCUGAGAAAUUCCAAGGGUUCUCUUUGGAAAAAGCCAAGAAUGAGAGUGCCAAAGGAAACUUCGGAGAUGGAUCACAGAGGCAGGAGGAAAGCCAUGCAGGAGAUGAUCAGAGGAAUGUGGAGGAUGAGGAAAUGCAUUAUCUGUCACCAGAUGAAGUCAAAAAUGAAAACAUAAGGGGACACUUCAACAAACAAGUUGGAUCUAAGAGGCAGAAAGACAGCCACAUGGUGAAGAAGAGGGAUAAACCCAUUCCUUGCCAAGGGGGGGAUUGCUGUGAAGUAAUUCUCAUGGUGGAGGAAAAAGACAAGUACUUGGAGUGUGGAAUGAAUGUCUCAGAUCAAUCCCAAUAUAAUGCCCAUUUACGAAUGCCUACUGGAAAGGAGGCCCAUCAAUGGCUGGAGUGUGGAAAGACCAGGAUUCCCAGAGCAGAGCUCCUUAGGCACCACAGAACACAUAAAGGGGAGAAACCUUGUAGCUGCUCAGACUGUGGCAAGAGUUUCUCAAAGAAAUCAGACCUUGUUCAACACCACAGAAUUCACUCAGGAGAUAAGCUAUUUAUCUGUUCAGAGACUGGAAUGGUGUUCUCUGAUGGAGGAAAGGGUAAUACACAUUUUCCAAAGCUCAUUAUAAUGCAGGCAAAUAAAUGCUUUCAGUGUGGAAAGUACUUCAGGUACAGAUCACAGCUCCUUGUGCACCAAAGGAUCCACAGAGGGGAGAAACCUUUUGAAUGCCCUGAGUGUGGAAUGAAAUUCAGGCAGUGUGGCCAUCUUCAACAGCAUCAAAGAAACCACAAAGGGGAGAAGCCUUUUGAAUGCUCAGAGUGUGGAAAGAGAUUCAGUCAGCGUAGCAAUCUUCAACAGCAUCAAAGAAACCACAAAGGGGAGAAGCCUUUUGAAUGCUCAGAGUGUGGAAAGAGAUUCAGUCAGCGUAGCAAUCUUCAACAGCAUCAAAGAAACCACAAAGGGGAGAAGCCUUUUGAAUGCUCCGAGUGUUCAAAGAGAUUCAGUCGGAGUGAUGCUCUUCAAAACCAUCUAAGAACUCACACAGGGGAGAAGCCCUUUGAAUGCUCAGAGUGUGGUAAGAGAUUCAGUAGGAGUGGUGCUCUUCAACAGCACCUAAGAACCCACACAAGGGAGAAGCCUUUUGAAUGCUCAGAGUGUGGGAAGAGAUUCAGUCACAGUGGCACUCUUCAACAGCAUCAAAGAACCCACACGGGGGAGAAACCUUUUGAAUGCUGUGAGUGUGCAAAGAGAUUCAGUCGGAUUGAUGCUCUUCAAAGUCAUCUGAGAAGCCACACAGGGGAGAAGCCUUUUGAAUGUUUAGAGUGUGAGAAGAGAUUCAGUCACAGUGGUGCUCUUCAAAAUCACCUAACAUCUCACACUGGGGAGAAGCCCUUUGAAUGCUCAGAGUGUAGGAAGAGAUUCAAUAACAGUAGCACUCUUCAGAAACAUCUAAGAACCCACACAGGGGAGAAGCCUUUUGAAUGCUCAGAGUGUGGGAGGAGAUUCACUCAGCUUGGCAAUCUUCAGAAGCAUCAAAGAACCCACACAGGGGAGAAGCCUUUUGAAUGCUCAGAUUGUGGAAAGAGAUUCAGUCAGAGUGGCCAUCUGCAACAGCAUCUAAGAACCCACACAGGGGAGAAACCUUUUGAAUGCUCAGAGUGUGGAAAGAGAUUCAGUCACAGUGGCACUCUUCAGCUGCACCAAAGAACACACACAGGGGAGAAACCUUUUGAAUGCUCAGAGUGUGGAAAGAGAUUCAGUCGGAGUGACACUCUUCAAAGUCAUCUAAGAACCCACACAGGGGAGAAGCCUUUUGAAUGUCCAGAGUGUGGGAAGAGAUUCAGUCAGAGUGGCCAUCUUCGACAGCAUCAAGGAAUCCACAGAGGGGACAAGCCUUUUGAAUGUUCAGAGUGUAGAAAGAGAUUCAGUCAACGUGGCCAUCUUCAGCAGCAUCUAAGAACCCACAGAAGGAGUAGCCAUGUACCUUCUUAGCCCAGGGGUUUUGAACUUAUUUCUUAUAAGGGCCGGAUAUGACAUAAAUGUCAUUUUGUUGGGCUGGGCCAGGUGUGCCAGGUACCAGAGAUACAAAGUUUAGAAAGGACAAAG